GUUUUUAUUUGACAGUUCGCCGCUAUCACACCGCGUCCCAACAGCUGUUUUUCCUAAAAGAACUUUGCAAGAUUGCACGUGUUGUGGAAUCCAAGUAAAUUUUGAGUGUAACUUAAACAGAAACAUGGAGGAAGAAGUCCCGGCCUCUGGAGUCCGAUUAACUCGACUGAGGCGAAGACUAUCAGUGGAAGCAGAGGAGGUGGGCUCACCAUCCGCUCCUUCUACACCCACGAAGAAAAGAGGGGGCCGGCUGGCAGCCAAGCCUGUGCUGGACAACAUUGAUGAAAAUGCUCCAGUCAGCAGUCCAAGAGUAACAAGAAGAAGGUCUACAGCCCGAGACAUUGUUGAGGAAGAGAAGAUCUUGACUCCCGCUAAGAGGAGUGUCCGCGCUCGCUCAAACACCAGCCUCACCUCGGACACUGCUCAGGCAUUUGAUUCACCGCGAGCCAAGAGAGCAGCGCGGAGGAACUCAGCAGUUGGUAGUGAUACCGAAGCACCCGUAACUCCUGCGAGACAAACUCGACGGGGACGCAAAGAUUCUACUUCUAGCAUUGAAAAUAAUGUGGAAGCUGCAACUAAAACCGCUAAACCACUCACGGAAGAACCGAUUGUUGAAGAGCCGGAAACUCAAAAGAGUCCCAAAGAUGUCGCGAAUGAUAGCUUAUCCCCUAAUAGUCUUAGGAAAAGUCAAAGAAUUGCAGCGAAAAAGGUGCGAAACAGUCUAAACACAUCUGAAACAGAAUCGAAUACCAGUGCAACACAUGAAAAGAGUAGACGGAAAUCUAAGAACAAAGAACAGGAAACAUCACCUGCAGUCACAAAUAGUGCCAAAAAAUCUGUAGAAAACAAAGAAAAAGCAUUAGCAACGCCAGACCUUCUCAAUGAAUUAAGUUCUAAAUCAAAGGAUGGAAAGAGAAGGCGAGCAAAAUCAUGGACCACAGAACCUUCAGAAAAUAACACAGAUAAAGAAAAUGUUAAGAAGUAUGCCAAUCGAUCAUUUAAUAAACCAUCUAAACAAAACAUGACUGGCUCUGGAGAUGCUUUAGUUUAUGAAGACAAAAUCAAUGAUAAAUCACAAGUAGUGGAACCUGCGAAAUCACCUAAAAAGAAACACAAAGAUGAGGCAAUCCCAUCUCCUCAAAAGGAGAUUAAAAGACUUUCUCUUGGUAAAGGUGAUGGUGAAGAUAUAGUUGAUCAUGUUUUAAAGUCUAAAAUAAGUAAUGAUGAUGAAACUUCCGAAUUAUUAUCACAAGCGCAACCCGAAGAUAUCAAGUGUUUGGUGUACUUUGAUGAUACAGACUCCAAUGCAGAAAGUAUUGGAAAAGUUGAAAAAAUUAAUAAACAAAACGUAUCUGUUAACGGAGGCGAUCAAUGCGUGCCAUUUGUACCUACAAUUAAUGAUGAAGAAAUGGAAGAUAAAAAACAAUCUAAUAGCAGUUUUUCUUUUAAUAAGUCAAUAAACAAAUCUUUAGAAACACAAAAUAGACGUAGAAUAUCUAGUAUAAAUACUAGCGUUGAACCAAUGGAGAUCGAUGAAACCAUCCCAGAAAAUGUAUCAAUUGUUGACAAAAGUGAAACUUCUAUUAACAAUAAAUCUCUUCAGAAACAACAACUUAACAACAUAUCCAAAGCUGAGAAUUUGUCGGAAACCGUAAACUCCAUCUUUAAUGUCACAGAAGAAAGAAAAUCACUUGACCCUAUUGGAGAACAAAGCAAGUCCAAGAAUAAAUCUUUACAAAAAGAAUCAAGACAAUCAACUGCGUCGGUCACAGAGGAAAAACCUGUAAAUGAUCUAGAGAAGAGUGCAAAUGAAAACAAAACGACACUUAUUUUGUCACAAAUUAAAGACGACUCUGCCUUGUACACUAAUUCAAAGUCACCGAAAUCAAAAAAUAUUGAAAUAAUUCAAGAAAAUCUUUCCAACCUAUCCAACAUGUCUGAUAAAGGUAAAGAGAAGGAAUCGAGAAGGAAAAGCUCUAUAAGUAAAUCUGAAACACCCCAUAAACAUAAAAAUAUACUAGGCAUGCAAACGAGUACACCAGUAAUAUCAACAAACGGUGAUAAGAAGGUUGAAAAACGGGAGUCAAUAAAUGUGUCUAAGAAAAACGAUUCAAUAGCAUCUAAGAAGUCUGAGAAAAUUGAUUCAUCUUCUAGUGAAGCAAGCGAAGAAGAGUCCUCAGAAGAUGAGAGGAAUGAAAGUAAGCUGGUGAUUGAUGAAGCUGAAGACGCUGGAGAUGAUUAUGAAUCUGGUGACAGCCAAAAUGAAUCUGAAAUAGAAUAUGCAGAAGAAAAUGAAAUCGUCGAGCGAGGCGAAACAUUAACAUCCGACGAAGAAAUGUCCGACGACACAGAUUAUGAAAAAGACUCAUUUGUAGUUAGUUCAGACGAAGAAGACAAUGAACUAAUGAGUGGAACUGGUGAUGACUUAUCAAUGUCUGAUAAUGAGCUUACCAUGAGUGCAAAAUCUAAAAAGAAGUUUAAUGAGCGAAAACUUAAGCAGCAAAAGAAAGCUUCUAAAGAAAUGUAUGAAGCUAGACAUCAAAAUGAUGCAGAAGAUACCUCUGAUGAUGAAACGUCUAAACCAGUCCGUAAAAAUAAUCGUCAAAGACUGAACUCUAGUCAUUUACAAUCAGGCGAUGAAUCAGUAAUUAAACCCAAGAAAAAUAAUAGGCAAAGACUGGAUUCAUCCCAAGAAGACACCCACAUUCAAUCAGAUGACGCAGAAAAGAAAACUCCUAAGAAGAAGAACAAAUCGAGACUAGAUUCCUCUCAAGACACCAGUGCAGUACACAAGAACCUGGAUACAACUUGUGACAAAAAUGUGAAUGAUGAAAAGGAAAUCACAACAAUCAUGAAUGAAAGCACUGUUCAAAAGAGUGAUCCCCUUAUAACGGCGGUAAAAUCUGAGCCUAAGACGCCACAGAAGCUUGAUAUCUCAACAGCGAAUAUUUCAGUUAGGCCUGACAUUGAAGAAGUUGAAGUUAAUGGUGAUGUUUCACUGUUAAGGUCUAAUACUACAUUAGAUCCACUACAAGCUACAGCGGCGUUUGAAGACGACGAAGAUGAAGACUCGAGCAGUGGCAAUGAGGAAAUUAUGCAAAAUUAUGACUCCAUGCUUACUGAACUAAACAAGGAAACCAACAAGAAGCAAGUAAAGAAGCAUGACAUAUCAUUGAACAUAAACAAGAAAGAUAAACCUAAAGCUAACCCGAUUGUAGAUCAACUUAAUCUGACACAAACCAAAAAAGAAAAGAAACGAAAGAUAUCUAAAUCUGAACCAGAACCACAAGAAGAUAAAAAUAAGUCUUUAGACCAGUCAAAGAAUAAAAGUAAACCACAAGAAGAUAAAAACAAGUCAUUAGACCAGUCAAAGAAUAAAAGUAAAAGUUUACCGGAACCUGAUGAAUCAUCAUCAGACUCUCUUGAUUUGAAGCUUUUGUUCCCGGACGGAGCCAGUGACAGUGAUGAUGAAGCAGUCAGUCAAUCCGCUGAUGAUAAACAAAAAGCUUCAUCUGAUGACUUCAUACCAUUAAAAUCAUCUGAAGCCAAAACGAAUCUACUAGAAAACAUGGACGAUUCAUCAGACACCGGCACAGAUGAUGACAACACUGCAGUUGUUAUUACAGAGAAGUCACCAAAGAAAAACAAAAGACUGUCUGAAUCGGAGCAAAUAGAAAACCAGAUGAACAGAACUCCAGCAAGUGUCAAGAAAAAUAAUAAAAGCCUAUCAAAACCAGAAGACAUUGAUCAAGUUGAUGGUAGUGCCAAAAAGGGAACUCCUAAAAAGAGUAACCAGAAAAAUAGUUCUAUCAUGAACAUGACUGAAUCUGGAAGUGCCGAAGUGCCUGAGGUCAAAACCCCUGGAAGUAUUAAAAAGAAGAAUAAAAAAUUAUCACAGUCGCUUAGCCAAAAUGAUGAGCCAAAAAUAGAAGAGGAUGUCAAUGUAACUUUGGGCAGCAGUAAAAAGAAGAAAAUGUCGGAAUCAGAAUCAACUGAAAAUAGCUUCGCUAAGACGGCCAACACCUCACUGCCGAUCGGUAAUACCAACAUGAAAAAUAAAAAGAACAAGAAACUGUCCGAAUCGCUUAACUUUGACACCGUGUACGUGUCUACCAUCGAAGAUAUCGUGAAUGCUCUAGGAAGUGCAAAGAAGAAGAAUAAAAAGAACUCUGAAUCGUCAGAUGUUAAUUCUGUAAAUGUGAACGGUGAAGUAGGUGCUGCGGACUCAGUAGAUGAGAUAAGUUCUAAGAAGCGCAAGCGCAAGUCCUCGGUCGUUGGAGACACCAUGUCUGAAGAACUAAAUGUAUCAGUACCAGCUGCGGGCAGCCAUAAGAAGAAACUGAAAUUGUCUCCUUCAGAAAGUGAGAACGAAGCCGUAGAUAUGGCAGUCAAGAAUAAUGACCAAUCCCAGAAACGUAAUUCCCUUACUCAACCUGAAAAAGUAGUAAGCCAAGAAACAAGCAAAAGUAAGAAAACAAAGAAAGAUCAUAUUGUUGACCAGCAAAAAAUUAUACCAGAAAAUAAACCUAAAAAACGCAAAAAUCGUGAUGAUGACGAUAGUCAUAAGCAGACAAAGGUUCUCAAAGAACAUCGUUUUGAUAAUCUACAAAUAUCACGAUUACCCUCUACCCUGCUGGAACAGUUAGAAGAAAAGCCGCAAAAACUUAGUCGUAGAGCAGAAAGUAUUGUAGCUACAAGCGCCUUCAAGGUUGAAGAAAUUAUAAAGAGAAAGAAUAAGCCAUCGCAUUAUCUAGAAGAAAGCAUUUAUUUGAAUUCUGAUAGCCCAGAUAAAAAGAAACAGAAAAUGAUAAAAGAAAGACCUAAAGUUCUACCUUUCGUACCUACCGCCUCAACGUCUGGCAGUGGAUUCACAACGAAAUUCCAAAUUAAUGUAAUUCCUAAGGAAACUAAGUUUGUGGCCAAGUCAAGCAAUACCAUCAACUUCAAAAAUACUCAUAUACAAGAGCUAAAAAUUAAAAAAAUGGGAACUUAUGAAAAUUAUAAAAAUCAAAGGAAAGUGAAACUAUCGAAAUUUUGAUUUAGAUUGAUAUUUUUCGACAAACUUUUUCAUGACUUUUUGUAAGGAACCUUUUGUUAAAUUUUGGUUAGGGUAAUGAAACAACAAACAACUCUUUUUUUAUUAUUAGUGGCCAGCCCUUACUUGGUAUGUCUAUCCACCUACUUACAAUUUGGAAAUGAUUUUUUACAUUUUAAUUAUUAUUAAGUUAUUAUAGAUGUUAGAUUUUAAACUACUCUUAAUUAAUUUACGUUGAUUAUUUAAUAAUUUUGUUAUUAAUUGUAUUUUAAAUUUUGCCAUUUUAAAUUCUCCCGCAAAAAAAUGUAGUUCACAAAAAUACUCGGUAGGUGGCGCCUCGUUACAGAAAUAAUGGUAUCGCCCAAGUGCUUUCCAAUUUCUGUAUGACCUUUUGUAUGUGAUUUUUGUUUGAAUGUUUAUGAAUAAAACUGUUACUGCUGUA